AUGACCACGGCGGUCCUCCGAUCUCAGGAUUGCCUGAGAAAUCGCCACCAUCUCGAUGCCUUCAAAUCAUCCCCUCCGCUUCCCGUGAAACACCGCCGCAAGAAAUCGCCACGGCCUUCUCCUUCUUCCUCUCUUCCAUCCUUCUACCCAGUUCUUCCUCCAAAAUCUUGUCGGUGUGGAUCUGGCCCCCGUGCUCGCUCUCCAUCUUCUCAGGCUCCGAAAUCAGGUAGAUCAGCGAACGCGCCUCUCGAUCCACGAAGAUCGACGCAUAUGCGCACUGAUGGGCUGGGCCUAGAAGCCAAGCCGCGCCCGCGGAAGCCUCUUGUGAUGCAGGAAAUAAGGAUCUUGAAGCGAGGAGAGGAGCUGAAGCUGGGCGCGUUUCCUACCGUCGCUCCGAGGCCGGGGGUUGAUGGUUCGACCCUUUGCUCUACGGUUCGGUUAGCUCAGCUCCUUGCAAAUAAGGUUUCCUUCGUCGCUCGGGCGUCCCCGUACGCCGGGCCGGCGUACUUUACUGCAUCCCCCGCUCCUAGUUCUCUCCCUUUUCCUUCUUUUUUCCUAAAAAAGGCUGAUGGUAUCUCAGUCAACAACGAACUUGCUUCAAGGAUCCUUAAGGAGAGCGUUGGAGUAUACUAA